AUGAAUACCAAAGAAAUGUGGAUUUGCCUUGUCCUUAUGUUUUGCAGUUUGCAGACUCAAUGCAAGCCCUGUAACGGGAUCGACCGUUACCGACUCGUAAACAAGGAAGCUUUAUCCUUGCUGAGAGGGAUGGGGAAAGAAAUAUCCACAGAGGAGGAGUUCAUCCCACGGCUGCCGUAUAGUUCGAUCGUGAAGGCUCAGGGGGAGGUAAAGAUGUGGUUCUUGCAUGAGACUAUUGAUCAGAUAAUCAGGCUGUUCGAUGGCAAUUUGAAAGCAGUGUCGUGGAACAAACGAAAACUGGACAAUUUUCUGAUCGUGCUUGACACGCUGUCUAACGACCUUAAAGCCUGUGAAGGCCUGGAAAUGCAUGCACAGCUUUCAUACAGAAGAAGACUGAAAAAACAUUUCAGAAAGCUCAGGAAAGACAUUCUCAAAAGACAGAACUACAGUGCACGAUCAUGGGAGGUGAUCAGAAAAACGGUGGAGACUCACUUGGUGAGGCUCGACAUAAUCGCCGCCACGUUGGUACAAUGA